AUGGGAAAAACCGGAAAGAACAUGGCGCUGCUGCUCCGGGGGCUCCUGCUGCUCGGCUUGUCCUGCCUGCAAGGCCCCUGCCUGGUGGUGAGCCUGGGCCUCGCCCUGCUGUUCCCAGGCACAGGGCCUAUGAAAGGGAGCUUUCCACACAGAGCUGACCCCUUGACCCUACUGACCCUCUGAUCUGUCCCUGUAGAGCCCAGUGGCCAUAUUGCCCUGAAGAAGGCCCCAAGAGACUGCAAGGGAGCCCCAACCCCGGAGGAGACCCGCAAGUUGGCCCAGGCCAUGAUGGCCUUCACCACAGAUCUGUUCUCCCUGGUGGCCCAAAGGGCCACCAGCCCCAACCUCAUCCUGUCGCCUCUGAGUGUGGCCCUGGCAUUGUCUCACCUGGCACUAGGUGCUCAGAACCAAACGCUGCAGAAGUUACUACAGGUGCUGCACGCGGACUCAGGGCCCUGCCUCCCCCACCUGCUGAGCCACCUUUGCCAGGACCUGGGCCCUGGGGCAUUCCGACUGGCUGCUAGAAUGUACCUGCAGAAAGGAUUUCCCAUCAAAGAAGACUUCCUGGAACAAUCAGAACAGCUCUUUGGCGCAAAGCCCGUGAGCCUGACAGGAAGGAAGAGGGAUGAUCUGGUGAACAUCAACCAAUGGGUGAAGGAGGCCACAGAGGGGAAGAUUGAGGAUUUCCUUUCAGAGCUGCCAGAUGACACAGUGUUGCUUCUCCUCAAUGCCAUCCACUUCCAGGGUUUCUGGCGGAGCAAGUUCGACCCGAGCCUCACCCAGAGAAACAGUUUCCACCUGAAUGAGGAGUUCACGGUGCCAGUGGACAUGAUGCAAGCCCGCACGUAUCCCCUGCGCUGGUUCCUGCUGGAGCAGCCUGAGAUACAGGUGGCUCAUUUCCCCUUUAAGAACAACAUGAGCUUUGUGGUCAUUAUGCCGACCCACUUUGAGUGGAACGUGUCCCAGGUGCUGGCCAACCUGAGCUGGGACAUCCUGCACCAGCCCUUACUGCGAGAGAAACCCACCAAGGUCCAGCUGCCUAAGCUGCAUCUGAAAUACCAGCUGGACCUGGUGGCCACCCUCAGCCAGCUGGGCCUGCAGGAACUGUUCCAGGCCCCAGACCUACGCGGGAUCUCUGACCAGAGGCUGGUGGUGUCCAGCGUGCAGCAUCAGUCCACUCUGGAGCUCAGCGAGGCUGGCGUGGAGGCGGCCGCGGCAACGGGCACUGCCAUGUCCCGCAUGUCUCUCUCCUCCUUCAUCGUGAACCGCCCCUUUGUCUUCUUCAUCCUCGAGGACACAACAAGCAUGCCCCUCUUCGUGGGCAGCGUGAGGAACCCCAACCCCAGCGCGCAGUGGGAGCGCAAGGAACAGCAGGAUUCCCCGGAUGACAGGGACUCCUUCCUGAACCAGAAAGCCUUCCCCCGUGGAGACAAGCCCUUCGGCCCUGACUUGAAACUUGCGCCCCCCUCAGAGGAGGAUUACCCCCAGCCUAAUAGCCCCAAGUGA